AUAUGAGACAAAAUUUCAUUCUAAAAUACCAGAUACAAACAUUUUAAUAUAUUAUAUUAAUAACAUUUGCCACUUAUUUUGAAAGUAUUGGCAAAAUGGCUCACACUUCCUCCCGAACUACUAUCGUAUUCAUUGUUGUUGCUUUGGUUUGUGCAUUCGUUCCUGCAUUCUCUGUUGAAGAAGCUGAAGCAAAAUCACUAUGGGAUACAUGUCUUCUUAAAAUCAGUCCAAAAUGUGCGUUGGAUAUAAUUGGUGUUGUCUUUGAAAAUUUAACCAUCACUGAUGCAUGCUGUCAUGAUCUUGUUCAAGAAGGAAAAAUGUGUCACGAUACUCUUAUCAAAUAUAUUGCUGAGAAGCCACACUUAGUUGCCCACGAAACAGAGUAUUUGACGAAAAGUGAUGCUUUGUGGACUCAUUGUGUCUCAAUAUCGCAAACUGCUUAAUAAUAUAUUAUGCGUGUAUUGUUCUGAUUAACAAAAAUUGUAUUCAACUAUCCUUAAAUUUUCUUUGAUCAAAAAUCGUGGAUCAAACAACAUGCAAUAUAAAACGAACAUCAAGUGAAUCUCAUUCUAAAUGAAUCAAUACAAAUAUUAACUCAGCUGAAAAACAAUGCGCUAUCCAUACAAGAUUGUUAAACUAAUAACAAAACAUAUAUGAAUAAUUUCAAAAAAUAUUGCUUAAUUUGUUUGAUUUACCGUAUCUUUAAUUUUAAAAUUUAACUCAUCUAAGAUGUCAAUCAUUAUUUUUACAUACUGAAAAAUAUCUUGAUAAUUUAAAACAAGAAGCUAAAAAAACAUCUAAUAUUUCCCCUUUGAAACCUUAGAGU